UGUGCUGCUGUUGGUGGCUGCGAUUCGGACCUUUUCAUUAGACGUGAACGUGGGGCUUAACUUGGCGAAUUGGGAGAAGACGAAAACUAUUGCUCCAGAUAUCAGCCAUAAACAGAGAGAGCUGCUCUUAGCAAAUUUCAAAGGUGAAUGAAUGCAACUAACGAAUCGAGUACACAUGUAGCUGCAUAAAUGCGGCGAUUCGGAUUCCAACCGUAUCUUUCAGUGAAACGGACCUAAACACCACCGCGCUCGCAGAAUUCAACCUUUUGCUGGAACGAGGUUCUGUUAAAUCUUUGUGUGUGGGCGUGGGAAGAAGAAAUUCUUAGCAUAUGAUGAGCUAAUAUAAAUCAUUAAAAGCUCUUGAAAUGUAUGACGGCUCCGCCCAUUUUGGGGUUGCCGUACAAUCACUGCUAAUAUUUAGUAGGAUCCAUAAAUCUUAAUACUUAAUACCUUAUGCCUAAUAUAAUAUGGCAGCUGCCGGAAAUUGUGACAGAAGGGCUCAUAUCUUAUGAUGUAGACCAGCAAUGAUAUUCAUGGAAAAAAUUAAUAUGUCAAAUGUAUGUCAUCACUUAGUGAAAAAUCAUUGUAAAUUGAAAUGAAAUCAUGGCAAAAAGUUGAAGCCAGGAAUGAGAAUUGUCGGUAGUGGCCAUAUUGGCUUUCACGUGACCUUGAUCUCUAAAUCGUUAAAUGAUGGCUCCUUUGAAUUCAGCAUCAUGGAACGCCCCCAAAAAAGGCACCAAGAUCAUAUUUAUAGCAUGUAUAUGUCAUGAAAUACAAGUAUUUAGGUCAAAAUAAAAUUUUAGGUGGUGGCCAUUUUGGAUUUAUGCAAAUUAUGUCCUCUUGGGUCCCCACAAGGUGGAUCUUAGGAAAAAAUGUUUGAGGGUCUAACCUGCAGUCAUGCCAAAUGGCAGACUUCUUUUCUAAUUUGCAGUAUUUGUUGGCUUAGGGAGCCUAAUAAUUAUUUGGGGGGUAUUCUCUGUUUAGCGUUCCCCAUGGUGUUCUCCUCUGACCUGGUCAAGCAUGAAGUGGUGGCGGAUUACAGCCACCUGUUCUGGGUGCCCGGCACGGACCCCACGCUGAUGCCCUACAUGCUGCUCGCCCACAUCGACGUGGUGCCCGCCGCGGAGAGCGACGGCUGGGAGGCUCCGCCCUUCUCCGCCGCCGAGAUCGACGGGUUCAUCUACGGCCGCGGCACCAUCGACAACAAGCAGUCCGUCAUGGGAAUCCUGCAGGGCCUGGAGUACCUGCUGGAGAGGGACUACAGGCCCCGACGGGGCUUCUACAUCGCCCUGGGGCACGACGAAGAGGUGAAUGGGAACGCAGGUGCUGCAAACAUGGCCAAGGUGCUGAGGUCGCGCGGUGUGCAGCUGGCCUUCGUUCUGGACGAGGGCCUCGCUGUCCUGGACGGGAUCAUCAGUGGCCUGGACGGCCCUGCUGCUCUGAUUGGGAUCAGUGAGAAGGGCAUGGCCAAUGUGAAGCUGAGUGUCACUACCGCCCCCGGCCACUCCUCCAUGCCCCCCAGGCAGACCAGCAUCGGCAUCCUGGCUGCCGCGGUAACCAGACUGGAGGACAGUCCAAUGCCCCGCCUGUUUGGUAGCGGCCCAGAGCGUGGGACCUUUGAGCACCUGGCCCACAAGUUUGGACUCCCUCUCAGGUUCAUUAUGUCCAACAUUUGGCUGUUUUCUCCUUUACUUGGAAGGGUAAUGGAACGAAAACCAGACACAAAUGCCUUUGUCCGAACAACAACGGCCGUCACCAUGUUUAACUCCGGUGUGAAGAUUAAUAUAAUCGCUCCGUAUGCUGAGGCCUUUGUCAAUCUGCGCAUCCACUCUGCGCAGACCCUGCAAGAGGUUCUGGACCUGAUCCGGUCCACAGUGAGUGAUGAGCGGGUAAAGGUGGAGCUGGUGAAUGGGUUCGACCCCCUCCCUGUCAGUGCUUACGAUGAGGCCGCGUUUGGGUUCCAGAUCAUCAAGAAGACUGUGCUGGACAUGUUUCCACAGGUCACCGUGGCACCAGGUGUGUGUGUUGGAAACACAGACAGCCGUCACUACGCUGACCUGACCAGAGACUUGUACCGUUUCGCUCCCACCUGGUUUAAACCUGGAGACCCACAGAGGUUCCACGGCCUGAAUGAGAGGAUAUCCGUCAAGAACUACGAGGAGCUGGUGACGUUCUACUUCCUGCUGUUCCAGAACUGUGACAUCACAAAGCUGCCGGAGCCACAUGGUAGUGACCAUGAACUGAAACAGACUGUGGGGUGUCCUUCCUUUAGACUGUGACUCUGUCCCCUGGCAAUUACUGUACGUUGUGCAGUGACGCAUCAGUCCGGAAGACUGCAGCCAGCAUACCAUCUGUUCUGCUGCGAUUAAAAUUCUUCUUCAGAAAUUUAAAAAACAAGUUCUGACUGAUGUGUAAACUGAAAAGUAGAGUUGUUCACAUAUCUGGCGAGUUAUAAUCACAUAAUUUUAUGGAAAGGUUUUUUUUGGGGGUUUUUUACCAUUUAGUUUUUUUUUUUUAUGUUUGGUUGCCUGUUUUCCCUGUUAAUAUUUGACAUUGCAUUUGCCCCCUGUUGAGUCUAAUCAACUGUAAGCUGCUUUGGAUAGUAGUUUCAGUUAAAUAACUAAUGUAAUUUUGCGGUUGCUUCUGCCGGAUUUUGUGACCCUCCUCUUCUGGGGUGACAUUGGCUCAAGUGGUAAGAGCAGUCACCUGGCAGUUGGAGGGUUGCCGGUUCGAUCCCCCUCCCUGUCCCUGAGCAAGACGCCUAACCCCCAAAGGCUCCUGGCGAGUUGCUUGGUGCCUCACAUUGUAGCCAAUCGCCAUUGGUGUGAGUGUGUGUAUGAAUGGGUGAAUGAGAAGCAUCAAUUGUAAAGCGCUGUCAAUAGGUGCUAUAUAAAAAUGGAUAAACAUGAAUUUAACACAUGCUCUGACUGAAGAAAGCACAGGAAUCAUGUUCUCAAGUCACAAAAAUGUGAUUUCUACUGAUGAGUGUUUGAAAUAUUAUUCUUGAUUUCCUGCUAUUUCGUAGAGUGCACAUACAUGGUAUGUGGAUCUGAUUACACUGAAGCUUUGCAGUGUUAUGGGCGUCCUUUAAGAAUGUGUCAGUGCUGGUCAUAUUUCUGAGGAUUAUUUGCGUAAAGAGUGUGACAGAGAUUUCUUAAUGCUAUGCUGUAAAAAAAAUAAUUUUGUGAUUUCCAUGGAUAUGUAUUGUACUGCAUUUGAUAAUAAAGAAUGGUUCAAGAACCCAA